AUGGCAGUAGUUCUGCGUCUACUAGGUUUGAACACUAACGCUGGCUCUGGAGAUAUACGCAGGUUUUUUGAAGGCUUACACAUCCCAGAAGCGGGUGUUCAUAUCAUAGGGGGGGAUUUAGGCGAAGCUUUUAUUUUAUUUAGUACAGAAAAAGAUGGUCAGCUGGCCAUGCGACGUUCCGGAAAAGUCCUCAAUGGCUCUACCAUCACACUACGUAUCAGCAGCGUUCAAGAACUGAGGCACAAAAUUAUGUCAAGGUUAAAGGAACAGAAAUCUUCAGCGACGGAAAAUAAACACGGAUCAGCCGCAACCCACUCACUGGACCACACUGCUCUACUCCUCAGCCUGAUUGGAGCCAUUCAGAGUCUGCAGUCAAACAGCCAAGUUACUCCGAGCCACGUGUCAUCAGCUGCCAGCCCAGCAGGACCCACCUUGGACCAAAGAUCAGAACCUUUUAAGCGAUUGGCACCAACAUCUGAUCGUUCACCGACAAUGAUCUGUCAGACGGUGCCAGGUACCACCUCGUCCUCAAGACCUGACGACCUCUUUGACCUCGAGGUGCAGCAGAAAAGGAGAAUGGAUACAUGCCAGCGCAAACCAGGCUUCCUGUGUCUAUAUGGGCUGCCUGGCUACGUCACCAAACGGGAAAUCUGCAAAUUUUUCAGAGGGCUGCGGGUUUUAGAGGUCAUUAUAAACGUGAAGCUUGGCCAGGAGUUGUGUUGCCUGGUGAAGUUAGCCAGCGCGGAGGAGGCAGAGGAGGGCCUGAAGUGCAACCGCAGGAGCAUGGGCGAGUUUGUCAUCAAAGUCAGAUUGGCCAGUGAAAAAACGUGGCUCGGAGCCAUGGGGCAGGUCACGAACGCCUUUCUCAAAGCGAAGCGUAACGCGCCGUCAGAAGCGAGGAGAGAUGCCUGGUGCGAAAAAGAGUCCUCUACACGCUCUCCCGUAAAGAGAAGCGCAGAGGACUGGGCCCUGUCAGGGUCUCCAAAAAGGCAGCAUUCCAGCUCCGUGCUGUCUGGAACGGAGCAUUGUGUUAUGAUACAGAACCUGUCCAGGAAAAUCACCAAGACAGAAAUAAAGCACAUAUUUCACUGCCCUGAUAUCCCAAAUGCCAGAAUAUUACAUUUACUGGAUAAAUGGAGGCAACGAACAAGCACUGUGUUUAUCGUGUUUGACCGGGCUGAGGACUACGUCUCAACCAUGAACAUGGAUGGCUGUCGCGUUGGUUCACAGGUAAUCGACGUGUCCUCGAUUACUAUGGAGAAAAUGUACGCCAUGCUGAGAUGCAAGAAAGCAGAGUCGUCGGCUGAGAGAGCCCAGCCUUGCAGAAAGCAACCUCACGCUGCCCAGACUUGCCUAUACAUGCGGAACUUUCCGGCAGAUGUGACGAAAAGUGACAUCAAAGUUUUCUUUGGUUCGCACUGUGUUAAUGAAGAGGAUCUCACGCUGCUGACGGACAGCAAUGGCAAUGGUGUUGGCGAGGCCAUAGCUCAGUUCCAGUCUGAGAUAAAAGCCAAAAAUGCCAGGGCUCUUCUUCAUGGAAGAGUCUUCCUCGGAGCCAGAAUUCUGAUUACCAGCAUCACGUCUCAACAAAAGGAUGACAUUUUACGCUGAACUGUCGAAAUUGUUGCAUUUAAUUCCACAUUAGCAUGUACCAUUGCCCGGUAUAUUGAAGACUGAAACUGCCCAAAGACAUCCGGUCAAAAUGCUUAUCUCAUGACCGGGAGGAAGAGACACUGCAUCUGACCCUUUUUUUUUUCCAACCACGUCAGAAUGUUUCUGACCAAAAGUUUCUGCUUCAAGAUAGACGUGGAGGAUGCAGAGCUACGUGAGCAUUCCGCUGAUGAUGAAACACCAUUACAUCGACACUUUAAAAACAACACAGACAUUUUCUGCACUGCUGAAUUAACACGCUUAGUGCUUUGGUCAGCAAA